GCUUCUUCUUCUCUCUGAGACUCUCUUCUUCGCACAAAUACACACAAAACUGUUAAAAAGCUUUUUUAAGCUCCAGAUCUGUGGAAACUCCCAUGGCUAUGGAGUUUUAUAGAAGUUCCAGGAGACUACAAAUCCUUGGAUCUGUGAUUCUUCUUCUCUUUAUCCACGCUGCUCACUCCUUUUACCUUCCUGGUGUUGCUCCUCAGGAUUUCGAAAAGGGAGAUGAGUUGAAGGUGAAAGUGAACAAAUUGACUUCCAUAAAGACUCAGCUUCCAUACUCGUAUUACUCUCUUCCUUUCUGUCGUCCUAAGAAGAUUGUGGACAGUACUGAGAAUCUUGGAGAAGUGCUACGUGGAGACCGGAUCGAAAAUGCUCCUUAUUCGUUUAAAAUGCGUGAAGCACAAAUGUGCAAUGUUCUCUGCCGUGUUACACUUGAUGCCAAGACUGCCAAAGCAUUCAAAGAGAAGAUUGAUGAUGAGUAUCGGGUCAACAUGAUUCUCGAUAACCUUCCUCUAGUGGUUCCAAUCGAAAGAGUUGAUCAAGGUCAGGGAUCUCCCUCUGUUGUGUAUCAGCUAGGAUAUCAUGUCGGUCUUAAAGGCCAGUAUGAGGGGAGCAAAGAGCAAAAGUACUUUAUGCACAAUCACUUGGCAUUCACUGUCCGGUAUCACAGAGAUAUGCAAACCGAUGCUGCAAGGAUUGUGGGAUUUGAGGUCAAACCAUUCAGUGUCAAGCAUGAAUACGAGGGACAAUGGAGUGAGAAGACCCGUUUGACUACCUGUGAUCCUCACACAAAACGCCUGGUUGUUAGCUCAGCAACACCUCAAGAAGUCGACAAUAAGAAGGAAAUUAUCUUCACAUAUGAUGUUGAUUUCCAGGAAAGUGAAGUGAAGUGGGCGUCUAGAUGGGAUGCUUAUCUUCUGAUGAGCGACAAUCAAAUUCACUGGUUUUCUAUUGUCAACUCUCUGAUGAUCGUCCUCUUCCUUUCUGGUAUGGUAGCUAUGAUUAUGCUGAGGACUCUUUACCGCGACAUUUCACGAUACAACGAGCUUGAGACACAAGAAGAAGCUCAAGAAGAGACAGGGUGGAAACUCGUCCAUGGUGAUGUUUUCAGGCCUCCAACCAAUUCAGAUCUUCUCUGUGUCUAUGUUGGCACAGGUGUCCAGUGUUUAGGCAUGGUACUUGUCACUAUGAUCUUCGCCAUGCUCGGAUUUUUAUCACCUUCCAACCGGGGAGGUCUUAUGACAGCUAUGCUUCUCCUCUGGGUCUUCAUGGGUUUAUUUGCUGGUUACGCCUCUUCACGUCUCUACAAAAUGUUCAAAGGAACAGAAUGGAAGAGAAUUGCCUUCAGAACAGCCUUCUUGUUCCCUGCAGUUGUCUCAGCCAUCUUCUUUGUCCUAAACGCUCUUAUCUGGGGACAAAAAUCAUCCGGAGCUGUUCCCUUUGGGACAAUGUUUGCUCUUAUCUUCCUCUGGUUUGGAAUCUCAGUCCCUCUUGUCUUUGUUGGCGCUUACAUCGGAUUCAAGAAGCCACCGCUCGAUGACCCCGUGAAAACCAACAAAAUCCCACGUCAAAUCCCAGAACAAGCUUGGUACAUGAACCCAAUUUUCUCAAUCCUUAUCGGAGGAAUCCUACCAUUCGGUGCGGUCUUCAUCGAGCUCUUCUUCAUCCUCACAUCCAUCUGGCUCAACCAGUUCUACUACAUCUUCGGUUUCCUCUUCCUCGUCUUUGUGAUCCUCAUGGUCACCUGCGCAGAGAUAACCAUUGUUCUCUGCUACUUCCAGCUUUGCAGUGAAGACUAUCUUUGGUGGUGGAGGUCUUACCUCACCUCAGGUUCUUCUGCGGUCUAUCUCUUCCUCUACGCAGCCUUCUAUUUCUUCACAAAGCUCCAGAUCACUAAGCUCGUCUCAGCGAUGCUCUACUUUGGUUACAUGCUCAUCGCCUCUUACGCCUUCUUUGUGCUGACCGGAACAAUCGGUUUCUACGCUUGUCUCUGGUUCACAAGGCUCAUCUAUUCCUCGGUUAAGAUCGACUGAUUCAAGAAAACAUUCAAGAGACAGAAAGAAAGAAAGAAGAAGGUAAUAUAGCGUAUGAUUUUCACAAGUUCCAAAAUCUUUUUUUUUUUUUUGCUCAAUAGGAGUCUUCUUGUUUCGCUCUGGUUUUGGUUACAGUAACGAAAGAAAGGUUUUUAUAUGUAAACCUUUUUCUUAGAGUGUAUUCUGUUUGAUUUUUCCCAAAUGACACUUCGGAUUAUCUUUUCUUGAUUGACAAUAUGUGAUUCUUUCAAUUCUAUUUAUACUCUCCUUUAAAAUC